AGGAAUAGAUUUACUUUAUUUCAGACACAUAGGUCCAUAUCAGUAUAAAAAUAACCAAAUAAAUGCAACACGAGGACUACAACACAGAGAUAUAAUCAUUGCAGUUCACAAGUCCUCAGUGAUUACGACACAUGCAGACAUGUGUACCUUGUGUCGCUUUGUGUGGGCUCAAUUAAACCCAUUAUAAUAAACAAAAUGUAAUUAUUAAUUGACAAAUACAUUUGUAGAUACAAUUCUUCCCCACAGCAUGAGUAGUCACAAACAUAUGCUGUAGUUUGCCCUUAUCUUUUCCUGUCAGACCAGAGAUUUGGGCUUGUUGAACUCUCCUGGAUGCCUCAUUGGUCAACAGCAGCCGCUUCUCCUGGUGUGGAUGUAGGCAAGAUCUCAAAUCCCCGGCAGUUAAUUGACCCUCUCAGCCCACCGAGGGGCUGACGCAGUAGGCUGUGGUGACCUCUCCGCCUCUCUCAGUGAUCCAGGCCAUUCUCCCAGCCUUCAGCUCAGCACCCACGUGUCAGCAGCUCCUGUUACGUGUGGCAGGUAGAGUAGCACGAGGUAGAGGACUGCUCCCCCCUCACCAGUUCCCCUGCUGCCCUAUCAGGAAGAGCGGAGUCCGUGUUUGUUUUUUGUUUUUGUUUUUUUCUGCUCGGCUACAACCCGCAACCUGGUGAAUUCAUGAUCACAUGACCGUGGAUAUGGACGCAGUCCUAUCCGACUUUGUCCGUUCCACUGGAGCUGAACCAGGAUUGGCCAGAGACCUGCUAGAGGGCAAGAACUGGGAUUUCACUGCUGCCCUCAGUGACUUUGAGCAGCUACGACAGGUGCAUGCUGGGAACCUGACAUAUUCAUUCACAGAGGACAGGACGUAUCUGCAACCUGAAAAGGAGAUGGCCCGGGUAGGCCGGCCCAUACUCCACCGCCAAGAUGAGGUGGUGCAAGCUGCUACAGAAAAGCGUCUUUCGAGGGGCAUUUCACACGCCAGUUCAACCAUCGUGUCCCUGGCGCGCUCUCACAUCUCAAGCACUGGAGGGAGCAGCAGUGAGCCGCUUCUGGACACGCCCCUGUGCACUUUCCAACUACCAGACCUCACCGUGUACCGGGAUGACUUCCGUGGCUUCAUCGAGAGGGACCUCAUCGAGCAGUCGAUGAUGGUGGCCUUGGAGCACGCUGGGCGACUGAACUGGUGGACGAAAGUGGUUUCAAACUGUCAGAAUCUGCUGCCUCUGGCAACAAGCGGAGACGGAAAUUGCCUGUUACACGCCGCCUCACUCGGUAUGUGGGGUUUUCAUGACCGGGACCUGAUGCUACGGAAGUCCCUUUACGCGCUGAUGGAUCACGGCUUGGAGAGAGAGGCGCUGAAGCGCAGGUGGAGGUGGCAGCAGACCCAGCAGAACAAAGAGUCUGGUCUGGUGUACACGGAGGAAGAGUGGCAGAAAGAGUGGAAUGAACUGUUGAAGCUUGCCUCCAGUGAGCCGAGAAUACACUACAGCACCAACGGCACCAACGGGGCGGAGUCCUCGGAUGAACCUGUGUAUGAGAGUUUAGAGGAGUUUCACGUCUUUGUCUUGGCCCACGUCCUCAGGAGACCCAUAGUGGUGGUGGCCGACACCAUGCUGAGGGACUCUGGAGGAGAAGCCUUUGCUCCCAUCCCGUUUGGAGGCAUCUACCUACCGCUGGAAGUGCCAGCUGCCAAGUGCCACCGCUCGCCUCUGGUCCUGGCAUACGACCAGGCACAUUUUUCUGCCCUUGUCUCCAUGGAGCAGAGGGACAGCUCCAAAGAGCAAGCAGUUGUGAUCCCUCUCACUGACUCGGAGCACAAAAUGCUGCCUCUGCACUUUGCUGUGGACCCUGGGAAAGAUUGGGAGUGGGGCAAGGAUGACACAGACAACGUGAUGCUGGCAAGUGUGGCUCUUUCUUUGGAGGCCAAGCUCCAGAUGUUACACAGCUACAUGACGGUCACCUGGCUGCCCCUGCCCUGUGAGCAAGCCCCUCUGGCCCAGCCCGAGUCUCCCACAGCAUCAGCAGGAGAGGAUGCCCGAACGCCUCCUGACUCAGGAGAGUCAGACAAGGAGUCAGUCAGCAGCAGCUCCAAUGGCAACGGAGACACAACCACAGGAUCAACGGUCAAUGGAGGAGGGUCCUUGGCCAAGAACAGCUCCUCUUCCUCAUCUAGUUCCUCCAGCAAUGGAUCAGCAGGGGCGGGGACCGGAACAGCGGGGAAGGACAAAGCCAAGAAGGAAAAGGACAAGGAUAAAGAUAAGAAGAGGGCAGACUCUGUGGCCAAUAAGCUUGGCAGCUUUGGCAAGAGCCUGGGCAGCAAGUUAAAGAAGAACGUGGGCGGACUGAUGACGGGAAAAAACGCUGGAGCUGGAGGGGCCAAGCAGGAGGCUGUGGAGAAGAAGAAGGGCUCGUUUAGGGGGAGGAAGGGCAGCAAGGAUAGCUCGCCUUCAGCCCACGUCUCAGAGGAUUCUGGGAAAGGCUCCCCCUCCUCAGGUAGCGAGCG